CCACCCCCUUUCAGUAAACUUUAUUGCUCGCAGAGUAAUGAACACAGAGGCAUUUCCUGUACACAUUGCACUGGGACAAGAGCUGUCUACGCUAUGUUCUACCACAUCUCCCUAGAACAUGAGAUUCUCCUGCACCCAAGAUAUUUUGGACCAAAUCUUCUCAACACUGUCAAGCAGAAGCUGUUCACAGAGGUAGAGGGGACAUGUACUGGCAAGUAUGGUUUUGUUAUUGCAGUCACCACAAUUGAUAACAUUGGUGCCGGUGUGAUACAGCCUGGAAGAGGCUUUGUCCUAUAUCCCGUUAAAUAUAAGGCCAUUGUCUUUCGGCCUUUCAAGGGAGAAGUAGUGGAUGCUGUUGUUACACAGGUGAACAAGGUUGGAUUAUUCACAGAAAUCGGACCUAUGUCAUGCUUUAUUUCCAGACAUUCCAUUCCAUCUGAAAUGGAGUUUGAUCCAAAUUCUAACCCGCCAUGUUAUAAAACUGUAGAUGAGGAUGUGGUUAUUCAGCAGGAAGACAGAAUUCGUCUCAAAAUUGUUGGAACCAGAGUCGAUAAGAACGACAUAUUUGCAAUCGGUUCCCUGAUGGACGAUUACCUGGGUCUAGUCAGCUGAUGUGCUUAUAGCUGUGGCUCUGGCCUUGGGGCAACGUUCUUUUUAUGUUCUGUAUAAUGUUUAGUAGUUCAUAUAUUUAAUCUGCUGUCCUCACACUUAGUGGUAACUCAGCAGGCCAUUGUGAUUGUGAUUACUGUUCGUGUCAGAAACUUAUUUUAUUAAAGAAAUUGGUAGAAAA